AUGGCAGAGGAAAGACAAAUGAAGAAAGAAGAUGAACUAACUCUCUCUCUUCCCAGAGAGAGGGGUUGGAGAGUCCCUGAUCUCUAUCUAUUCCAACAAUUUUGGUGCCCUUCAAUUUUCAUAAAAGGGGUAAACAUUCUUCAGAAACAGUUUGAAGCAAAAGACAGUGAUAUCAUUGUUGCAAGUUUUCCAAAAUCAGGUACUACAUGGUUGAAAGCCAUUGCUUUCGCCAUUGUGAAUCGCCAAUACUUCUCCAUUCAUAACCAUCCAUUGCUUACUUCAAAUCCUCAUCAACUUGUGCCUUUCGUUGAACUGAUGCAUUUUCCUGAUACUCAUUUCCCAACAACUGAGCCAAGACUUUUUGGAACUCACAUUCCAUUCCCUUCAUUGUCUGAGUCGAUCACAGAGUGUGAUAGUAAGAUAAUUUAUAUUUGCAGGAACCCUUUUGACACUUUCAUUUCAGCAUGGGAUUACUUUGAUAAAAUUAAGGACCACUCUUUGUCUGCAUUAACAAUGGAUGAAGCUUUUGAAAUGUAUUGCAAUGGGAUAAUUGAGUUUGGUCCAUGGUGGAGUCAUAUGCUAGGUUACUGGAAUGAGAGCAUAGUUAGACCUAACAAAGUUCUGUUCUUAAAAUAUGAAGAUCUUAAAGAGAAUGUUAACUUCUGUGUGAAAAGAGUUGCAGAGUUUUUAGGGUUUCCUUUCACUCAAGAAGAAGAAGGCAAUGGAGUGGUUGAAAGCAUAAUCAAGUUAUGUAGCUUUGAGAAGAUGAAGGGUUUGGAAGUGAAUAAAUCUGGAAUGUUGUUCAAAGUCCUUGAGAAUAAGCACUUCUUUCGGAAAGGAGAAAUCGGAGACUGGGUGAAUUAUUUUUCUCCUUCAAUGACAGAAAAACUAUCGAAAAUGGUGGAAGAAAAAUUAAGUGGAUCUGGUUUAUCAUUUGAAAUAAUGCACUCAUGA